AUGUCGUCCAGAAAUCUGAUGCCGCCCGUGCGGCCAAGACGCACCUCCUCUGUUGGAGCCAUAAACCUUGGUGAUACCAAAGUUCCCGGACUGUCAACGAUGAGGGAAAGCGAACAAUCAAAAACAGCCGCUAAAGCUCGCAUGCGCGCACUUUCUGAAACUUCCAAAGGCGAUGCUGAUUUAUUGCGCAAGUUUUGGCUGACAUACCGCGAAAUGAGCUACAGAAACACAUGGCUCACACCUCUGCUUAUCUUGGUCGUGGUAUAUGGAGCUUAUUUCACAUCGGGCAAUCGCACAGAGUCCAAUCCUUUGCAUGCAUUUGUAGCCGUCUCGUACCAAGUGGGUGACUCCGAUAUGUAUGGCAAAGGAAUUCGUGAUCUGUACUUUGUGUUCUUCUACAUGAUAUUUUUCACUUUCCUUCGCGAGUUCUUGAUGGAGGCUGCUUUGCGUCCGCUUGCAAAGCGCAUGGGCAUCACUGGCAAACAAAAAAUCAAGCGUGUCAUGGAACAGACUUACUCGAUUAUCUAUUACGGGAUCUCGGGGCCGUUUGGUCUGUAUAUCAUGUACCAUUCGGAUCUCUGGUUAUUCGCAACUGCGCCAAUGUACGCAACGUACCCAGAUUUUGCCAAUCCCUUCCUGUAUAAGGUUUUUUAUCUCGGCCAGGCUGCUUUCUGGACACAACAGGCAUGCGUAUUAGCUCUUUUGCUCGAAAAGCCAAGGAAAGAUUUUAAGGAGCUGAUCUUCCACCAUAUCGUUACUCUGUCAUUGAUUUGGCUAUCCUAUGUUUUCCAUUUCACGAAAAUGGGACUUGCAGUCUAUAUCACCAUGGAUGUUUCUGAUUUUUUCCUAUCCUUAUCAAAGACUCUCAAUUACAUGGAUUCUGUUCUCACGCCUCCAUUUUUCGUGUUCUUCGUGGUGAGCUGGACUUAUUUGAGGCAUUAUGUCAACAUCAAAAUACUUUGGUCUCUUCUUACUGAAUUUCGUACGGUGGGAAACUACACCCUGAACUUCGCGACCCAACAAUACAAGUGCUGGAUUUCCUUACCUAUUGUCUUUGUUUUGAUUUCCGCUCUCCAAUUGGUGAACCUGUAUUGGCUCUUCUUAAUUUUGCGGAUCUUAUACCGUUUGCUAUUUAAAGGUAUCCAAAAAGAUGACAGGAGCGAUAGCGAAUCGGAAGAUGAACCAGAGAGUCCUGUGAGUGAAACUUACGAGUCUUCCAAAAUGGACACCAAAAAGGAACUCUGA